GUUUUCACGUGGUAUUGUUUUGGACUAUUCGCCAGAAAGCAUGGUCAGUUUUCUGGAUCAGAAAUACUUAAAAAUAUGCGACUCACCGUCAACGGUGAACUAUUGUUAUACAUGUCUAGAAGAAAAUUAUAUAAUUGCUGUUGUAGACAAAAAGCAAAUUAUAGUGAAGCAGGAUGAUAAAAUGUUCAGACAGUGGGCAAUUUUAAAAGGUCAAGAAAUCACAGCCCCAGUAGUUUAUGACGCUAAACGCAAACGAAUAAUAGCGAUCUUCAAUAAGCAGAUUGUAAGAAAUUGGAAUAUCGAUGAUCUACAAUGUGAAAGUAAUUGGAAAAAAUUAACUUCAACUAAAGCUAUAAACUGCUGUAUUACAUCCAAUUGUGAAGAACCUAUAAUCCUAUUCGAAGAUGGUGGAAUUCAAACUCUAAAAAAAUUAAAGGAAGGUCCUAUCCACAAUAGCCAGUGUAUCGAACCAGGAGAGAAGAUUGAGAGGCUCGAAUGUCAAAAAAUUGGAGAAAACGUUUAUUCCAUAUUAUUUUUACAAACUAUUGAGGGCCAAAAGAAGGCUAUUAUUAGAGUUGUCUCUUGGAAAAAAAUGGAAUUACAUGUAGGCAGGCCUGUCAAUGUCGAUAUAUCAGGGACAGCCAUGGACUAUUGCUCUUAUGUGUCCAAAAAUCAAUUACUUAUACUAUCUAUCGAUGACUCCGGUCAAUGCAAAGUCUACUCUAUGGAAGGAGCCCAAACGAAACUACCUCUACUAAAUCAGAUUAAUCCUAAGGCUACUAAUAUUAAUAUCAGGCCUCUAAAUAAUGUAUAUGCUGCUGUUUUAUAUGUAAGUGAUGGUCUUUCGUUUAUUGGAGCCUUACACACCAUGUUUGGAAAUAUGACCUCAACCGUUAUGAAUGAAUUCUUUGAAAGCCCUAAAUUAUUCAUAUCUGGUGAUAAAAUAAUUGCUUCCUCUCAAACUUCUUUGGCUCAAAUUCGGUUUGAGAUUGAAUAUGGGUUGUUAGUUGAUGCCAUAGGAAAAACUAAGCCAAAUUUUGCAACUGUUCGAGCCCUCUGGGGGAAUUCCACUGAGUUAUAUAAAAUUGAUCAAAUCAAUUUUCUUUCUAUGCAGCAGUGUGAGGUGCUAGACGAUAAAGAAAUUAAUUCAACGUUAGAAAAUUUAAUAAAUAACAGAAAUGUGAAACAAAUAGAGAAACUAAUAAAAAAAUUGGAAAAAGUAUCUCCUAAAGCACUUAAAUCCCAUAGUUUGCUUCUAAAUACCUUACGGCAUCUUCUCUCAAUUGAAGGGUAUUGGCCAGCAGUGUUUUUUAGAAGUUUAGUUGAAAAAGAAAUAUUUCCUUCAAGUUUGUCGGUUGAGAGCAUAAGGUCUGCGGCUGUUUCUGACGAUAUAUUGUUUAUACGAAGAUUUUUUGAGACUAUGCGUUAUAUACCUGAAGAUGCCUUGGUUAUUGGAAUUCAAACAUUGUUAAGCCUAAACGAAACAGUUUUAGAAGAAUCUUUGAAUGAUAUCGAAGAUAAAUAUAACUCGCCCAUUGGCCCAUACAAAGCUUAUUUAAUAAAUAAUAUACUACAACACGAUUUUAAUGGAAAGAACUUGAUGGCUUUGUUAAAACAAAUGGAAUUAGAAGAAAUGAAGAGUCUCCUAGAACACUUAAGAUUUAUGCUUGAAAUGAAUAGUUUGACUAACAAAAAAUUACGAUCCGAUAAGAUUAUCGAGUGGAUAAAUCUAUGCAUAGACAGUUAUUCAUCAACAUUAAUCCUAUCACCAACCAUGCACGUCUUAUUAAUUGACCUUCAUGACUGCGUUGCUGAACACAAGAAACUUUUAAGAACUAUGUGCGACAUUGACAUUUUAGUUAACCAUAUGCAAACUCGAAUUUGUAAAAAGUUAUCAACAGAAAAUUAUAGCAUAUUUAAUUUACACAUUCCGUAG